AUGUCGGCCGCAAAGGAGGGCGGCGCCCUGGCGGAGCUCAAGUCGAGCUGGGCGCUGGAGUACGCCAACUCCCCCUACAAGUACGCCUGCGGCAGCAGCCUGGUGGUGAUCAAGAAGGCCAACGGGGCCGCCACGCCGCUGCUGGCGCUGGCGUACCAGGCGUCCCAGGAGGCGUACGAGGGCAGCCGCACCCAGCACCUGCGCUUCACCACCAGCAAGGACGGCGGGGAGACCUGGACGGAGAACAAGUGCGUGAUGUGGGGCCCCGCCCCCGUGUGGAACCCCUGCCUGCACUACGACGCAGGCAAACUGGAGGGCAGCAGGGGAUCCUUCUGUCCGCACAGCGCGGCAGCAAUAGCCUCCGGCCGCCUGCUGCUCUUCUACUGCGAGUCGCGCAAGAGCCUGAGCCCCGGCGGCGACAUCAAGUACAUCACCAGCCCCGACCUGGGCGACAGCUGGCUGCCGCCCGUCACCAUCUACACCCACGAGGCGGAGGAGGAGGUGCCCAAGGUGUGCAGCGGGCGGCUGCUGGUGGCCCAGGACGGCGCCUGGUACCUGCCCGUGCACCGCGAGCCCGCCGAGUCCUGGCACACCUUCACCGGCAAGGGCUUCCACCCGCUCAGCGAGGCGCCCGAGCAGCAGCUGCAGAUGGCGGCGCCCGCCGGCGCCACGCCGCAGGCACGCCACGCCGCGCCGCGCCCGCCGUGCAUGCCCAGCCUCAGCAUGACCACAGCGGCGUGCGUGCUGAUCUCGCGCGACAGCGGCGCCACCUGGAAGGCGUCUGGCGACAUUGAGGACGCGCGCACCUGGCUGGUCAACCCCACCCUGGAGGAGGGCUCCAAGGGCCAGCUCAUCAUGAUGUUCCGCACCUCCACGGGGCGGACCUACAUGAGCAGCUCGGCCGACAAGGGCGUGACGUGGAGCCGGCCCACCUACAACUCCCUGCCCAACCCCAACUCCCCGUUCUCCACCGUCACCAUCGAUGGCCAGGUGCUGUGCGUGUUCAACAACAGCCAGACGAUCCGCGCGCCGCUGGCUCUGGCGCUCAGCGUCAACGACUGCAAGAGCUGGGAGCCGCUGGCCAUGGUGGAGGAGGAUGCCACGGGCAACUUCUCCUGCCCCAGCAUUGUGGAGUGGGCCGACGACACGGUGAAGGUUGCCUACACUGUGUGGGGCAAGGGCGUGAAGCUGGCCACCGUCAAGCUGGCCACCGUGGACACCGCCGCGGCAUGA